GAAUCUAUCUCUCUUGUAAAAAACCAGUACACGGGCUUGUAGGAGAGAGAGAUGCGUUGCUAUGGAUUAAUGAUCCCAGGAAGCGAAACCGCUCGCUUCUAUUCAUCACCAUUGAAGCCUGAGUGGAGCCCAAUUCUGCGGUUUAAACCCGUUUCAAGAAUCCCGAUUGGGUCAUUCAAAACCAAAACCACAAUCAAUGCAAAAAUCACCACAGAAUGGGGUCAGAUGACCUUGUAUGAGCUACUGGGCAUACCCAAAUCUGGGACAUUUCCUGAGAUAAAACAAGCGUACAAGCAAUUGGCUAGAAAGUACCAUCCAGAUGUUUCACCUCCGGGUCUGGUCGAAGAGUAUACCCGGAGGUUUAUUCGGGUUCAAGAGGCUUAUGAGACUUUAUCGGAUCCAAGAAUGAAAGAGAUUUAUGAUCGUGAUAUGGCUAGAGGUCUUCAUUUAGCUUUCUCUGCUAGGAGACGUUAUCCAUAUCAAAAUGAUGAGAGUGAUUUUUUGUUGUUGUUGUUGUUAUGGCCUGGUUUGAAGUGGGAAAUGGAAGGGAGAAGUGAAUGGAAGAAUUGCUGGCAGUCUCAGCUAUCAGAGCUGAAGAGAAGAAGCACGAACAAGGAUGCCGGUGGCAGCAGCAUGUCAUGGGCAGCUCGAAUGAGGAGACGCAGGGAAGGAUUAUCUGAAGAACUUUAGAUAGGUAGGUAUAUACUUGUCUUUAUUGAGAUGCUAAUUCAAGAACUGUCUGGUUAGCAUUGCCAUAAGCAGCAAUAAAGUUAUAUCAGCAUGCUAACCAAACAGUUAUCCGAGAUCGGAAAUUGUAGAGUUGUUUCCAUGACUUACUGCCCAUUUUACGCUGUACAUAAAGUUCACUGCUAUUGCUUGCUCCUUCAAGUGUUAUCUCCACUGCUGAAGCUAGAAUUAGUGUCUGAAACAUAUCAAGUUUUGAAGC